AUGUCAGUCAGGUUGGUAUUAUUUGAAUCUUCGGUCGGGUUCUGUCUUUUCAAAGUUGCUGAUAACGGAAGUCUACUCACGGAUGGAAACUUGUACAAGAAGUUUGAUACCCCGGCUAGUGCAUCCAAUCUUGUCAAAUUACAAAGCAUUCACCGAUUCAAGAGUACCGCUGAUGCCGUCGAAGACUUGAGCGCAAUCGGAGAUGGCAAACUAUCGAAAAACUUGAAGAAAUUCUUGGUUGAUGAAAUCUCAGGUGGUGUCGAGGGCAAGAAAAGCAAAGAGACUUUGGCAGUUGUGGAUCCCAAGCUAGGCGGAGCAAUCACCAAGAAACUGGGCUUCAAUGUCCUCUCCGAUUCGACCACCACCGACCUGUUCCGUGGAAUUCGUUCCCAAUUAGCCCCUUUGUUGGGCGAUUACAACGUCGAUGAAAGUGAUCUAAACACCAUGAAUCUGGGUCUCAGUCACUCAUUGAGUCGAUUCAAACUCAAAUACUCAACUGAUAAAGUCGAUACCAUGAUCGUUCAAGCCAUUGCUCUUCUUGACGAUCUCGACAAGGAGGUCAACAUUUACGCCAUGAGGGUCAAGGAGUGGUAUGGAUGGCAUUUCCCGGAAAUGGCGAAGAUCAUCUCGGACAACUUGGCUUACGCUAAAAUCGUCAAGACAAUGGGUCUCCGAACAAACUACGCGAAAACGGAUUUUUCUGAGAUUUUGCCUGAAGAGCUCGAAGGAACUCUCAAGGCUUCUGCAGCGAUCUCGAUGGGAACAGAAAUAUCUGAAUCCGACUUACUUCACAUCCAAUCUUUGGCCUCACAAGUGAUCUCGUUGAUGCAAUACCGGACCGAGCUGUUCGAGUACCUUCGAAAUCGAAUGACAGCUAUCGCACCUAACCUGACGGCCAUCCUCGGUGAAUUGGUUGGCGCAAGGCUCAUCGCACACAGUGGCAGUCUUAUCAAUCUGGCCAAGGCGCCAGCGUCGACUAUCCAAAUCCUCGGCGCUGAGAAGGCAUUGUUUAGGGCUUUGAAGACUAAACAUGAUACACCCAAGUACGGUCUGAUCUUCCAUUCCAGCUUGGUAGGGAGUGCACCGGGCAAAUUGAAAGGAAAGAUGGCUCGUAUGACAGCAGCUAAAGCGGCCCUAUCCAUUCGUCACGAUGCGCUAGCGGAUGCGGAUACAAAAUCGGCGGAAGAAGCUCCGUUGAUUGGGAUGGAAGCACGAAUCAAGUUAGAAUCGCGACUCCGACGAUUGGAACAAUCCAUCGGAAUCCAGUCCGCCCGAAAAUCAGGAGCCUCCCAGGAUCACCAGAAGCCUUUCUUCAAACGACCCGACCCGGGAUCGUACAACCCUGCAGCCGAUAGCGUCAUGAUCCCUGCCGCCAACAACCCUGCCUCCUCGGCAACCGGGGAGAGCAAGGCUAAGAAACCUUUGAUCGAGGAAAUCAACCCUCAACCAAACGAUGACGAAGCGGAGGCAAAGCGGAAGCGAAAAGAGGAAAAGAAAGCUAAGAAAGCUGCCCGAGCAUCUUUACCCGGCACCACAUCAGCACCAUCGACAGAGCCUGCCGUCGUUCCUCAAUCGACAUCUUCGUCUAAGGACAAGAAACGCAAACAUGACGACGACGACGAGGGUGAUAAGAGUGCCGGCCAGAUCGAUGCCACUGGGAAAGAGAAAUCUUCCAAGUCCAGCAAAAAGAGCAAACGGAAAUCCGCGGCUACCCGCCCCUGCUCAGCGACCUCCAGCCCAUCAUCCUCCCCUCCCCCGACACCCUCCAGCUCGCUCUGCUACCUCCAGGCCCUCCUCGCCGCCCAGCCCCCAAAGACCAAAGCCGCCCAGUCAAAGAUCGCCAUCCCCCCCUCCCUCACCGACCGGACCACCGGCCUCGGAUCCUUCUCCUCCCAGCCCACCGGGAACGCCUCCAACCACGACUACCGCAUCUCCGACUCCGCCGCCGGCCUGCGCACCCAAUACCUCAUCACCAACCUCGCCCCCGCCACCAACUACUCCGCCUGGCUAUUCCAGCCCGGCCCGGUGGUCAACAACGUGCCCACCGGGAGACUGUGGCCGUACAUCUCCUUCCGGACCAAGUCCACUAAGAACUGCAGCCUACUCCACGGCCUGCCCUUCUGUCCCUCGGUCGCCUACGCGGUCCCGGCCAGCCCGAGCCUGUCGACGAGCGCGGUGGUGGCCCAAUACAACCGCAGCGUCAGCGGCCAUCUGGCCAACUUCCGCACGGUGGUCUCCACCUACCCGUGCAACAACGACACCAGCGGCCGGUACUCCUUUGUCACGGGCUGCGGGGACUGUUUGCGGGCGUACACGGACUGGGCCUGUGCGGUCGCCCUCCCGCGCUGCGUCGACCCUCCUGCCGCGUCCCCGGAGGCCCCAGGGACCCCCACACAGGUAGUGUUCGCCAGACCCGACCCCGCCCAUCGCUACGCGUCUGCCGAGCAGAACUGGCUCUCGAAGGUCUGCCUCCAACAGGCGCCCCAGCUCGUCGGCUGGGCGCGGAUCAAAGACUACGUCGACCACAAGAUGGCUCGCAUGGCUGAGCUCGACGCCGAUUGGCCCGCGGCGCUCGUCCGCUACUGGAACGUGCUGCGGCGAAGGAUCCUCUCGGGCGCUGGAGAUGCGGACGAUGAUGAGCUCUAUCUUACCAAAUUCAGAGCGCUGUAUCCAGAGGCCCCGGGUGAUGAAGAUGAAGAUGGUGCCGCAGAUGGCUUCUAA